AUGGAUAAUCUCUCCUUCCUGCCAAUCUCAGAUUCCAGUAGUAGAAAUAGACUUCUUAAUCAGGAACAUACCAACAAGCGCCCAGUCUUGUUUUUGUCUUUCAUUGCUCAGAAUUUAAGAAUUAUGGCUUCAUUUUACAUAUCAGCUACCGGGCUCCUGUGCAUGAUGUGUGAACCAGGAACUUACAAAGAUAUGGAUUGCGUCAUCAAUAUGACGUCAGCGACAUGUUCAGAUUGUCCGGACGGAACUUUCCAAAAGAUGGAAAAUAAUGCGGAAUAUUGCAACAACUGUUUGAGGUUCUGUACGGAUAAAAAUCAAGUGAUAUCAGAGCCAUGUACUAAAACUUCGGACACAAAAUGUCGAUGUAAAGAUGGGUUUUAUUUUAAAACUCGGUCUGUUGAUGGAUCAGGGGGAUAUUGUAUUGAAAACAACACAGGACAGAUGAUAUCAACAGAGGAAGCGUACACAGCUGUAGAACGUGUGGUAAUCACGGUUGUUCCUGUUGUCUCAUUGGUUGCUUCUCUGGUGGGAUUUUUGUUCCUCAUUGUUUACUACACUAGAAAUUCCGUAUACAGAACACCUCGUUUAAAAAUUCCAGAGGGGAUGCGAGAACCGUUGCGUGACGAAGAAUGGCGAACACUAAACCUGUUCGUUGCUACUCAAGCGUUUGUUAAAAAAUACAAAAUGUUUCUGCGACAAGUGUUUGAAUUGUCUGGGGAAUAUGAAAACAUUGACAGUAUCAUAUGGAUCCAUGAAUCAAAUCACCCAGUCAACAAAACGGAAGUAGUCUUCGAAUCGCUACAAACUUGGCGCCAAAUGCUCAAUCGGAAGGCCUCUGUUGAUAUCAUUUGUGCUGCGUUGUCCAAAGCUGGGUGUAAAAAGCAAGUCGUUCAGAUGGUUUAUGAUAAACAUAAAGAAAUAGUGGAUUCUCGUGUAAAACCACCUGCUUUGAGGAGAUCGCAGAGUUGUGCGGAAGGUUGUCUGUUAGAGAACGUAGGACCUAUAGCGGGAAAAUCUGUUGUAGAGAUGUCUGCUUAUAUAUAACUAGAACAAUGCUUCCUCUGAC